AUUUGGAAUUAUAGCAUAUUUCCUAUUCUUUUCCCUUACCAGGGUCUCUCGCCUCGCAUACUCUAUCUCUCCUCUCGCCUCCUCCUUGAUCUGAGUGAGCAAUUUCUCCCUCUCUCUCCUCUCCUCUCCUCUCCUCUCCUACUCUAGUCUCUCACAAAACAAAAAGAAAACACAAGCCGCCUCACCUCUUUCUCUGUAUCUUUGUCCAUUCAUCUCGUCUCCAUGCCUUUCCUUUCCUCUCAUCUUGCGUUGCUUGUUUGUUUAUUGAGUAGUGAUUAAUUAUUACCAAAGUAAAAGUAGUGGAAAAACUCCAAAUGAUAGCUUGGUUUUGCUGUUUCUAUUUGAUGGGGAAUCACGUCUCCUGCGUGCAGUUGCGACAGCAGGAGCCACCAGGCGGAGGAGGAGGAAGAAGCAUAAAGCUGAUCAGAUGGGAUGGGGUGGUGAAGAUGUAUGAGCGGCCCAUCCAAGUCUCAGAGUUGAUGUUAGAGUUCCCAAAGCACAGGGUGUGCCGCUCUGAUUCCUUGUACAUAGGCCAGAAGAUCCCACCUCUCUCUCAGGAAGACCAACUCCAGCCUGGCCACAACUACUUCCUCCUUCCCAUACAUUUCUUCCAAUCCGCCCUGUCUUUCCUCACCAUAACUUCUUUCGCAUCAUCAUCUACCUCUAUCUCUAAUAAUACUAGUACUAGUAGUAGAUCCAACAACCAGAAGAAGAAUGCAUUUCUCAACAAGGCAAAGAGUAGUACUACCAGUAAUUGCCAACCCUUCCAUAUGCAGAAAACUCCAUCCGGUAGCGUCAGAAUACGCGUGACUGAAGAGUUUUUAUGGAAAUUGAUGAUGGGCCAAGGAAAGAUCAAGCAACAGGAGGAGGAAGAUGAACUAGAUCAAGAUCAAGACGAUGGAAGAGUAUGCUGCAGCAGAAGCAGCACUAGCACUAGCACUAGUAGAGUAUGCACGACCGCUCAGUUACAGAAAGAAUACUCGCAGCUUGUUGGCUACUCUCGGCAGUCCUGCUGGAAGCCAAAGCUGGAGACCAUUACCGAAUCCACCGAGAAGAAGAAAAAGAAGAAGAAGAAGAAGAAGAAGAAGAAGAAACUUGUUGCUUUUUUUGGAGUUAAGAGGAGCAUCAGAAAAAUUUCUCACCAUUCUGUCUUGUAGAUUCUCAUUAUUCCUAUAUAUAUAUAUAUUCUGCGAUGGUCAUUUUGAGCAUGUAUACCGUGCCAUGCUAGAUAUAUAUAGCUAGAAACAGCUUUCAAAAUUGCCUUAAUUACUUUUGUAUUACGAGCUAUUUACAUAAAUAUAGCAAAGUAGAUCAGCACAGAGAUUGAUUUUAAUCAGGAAGCCCUCAAUCAAGUGAUCAGCUUUUCAUCUCA